AUGGCAAGAAGGUUCUCGUACGCAGAAAAAGGGAAGGCGGUAGAUCUUACCUCAGCUCCACCACCUCGAAAAUGCAUAAGAGCACCAGAGCUGGACACAACUGACCUUAUCCACCAGAACUUUCUGACACUCAUUGGAAGGCUUACAAACCCUCAGCAGCAACGUAUGGGCACAAUGAUUCCCUUCAUAUCCAGCCGAUGGGAGCUCCGAGGAAGAGCAGUGGGCUCAGACCUAGGAAACCACUGCUUCCAGUUCAGAUUUGAUUAUGCAGAAGACUUGCAAAAACUUCUAAAGAAUAGGCCUUACCAAUAUGCAAGAUGGAUGCUCAUCCUCCAAAAAUGGGAACCCAUCAUCUCCUCUUCCUUCCCGUCUCACAUCCCAUUCUGGAUCCAACUCAAAGGCAUACCGCUGCACUACUGGAAAAAAGAACUUCUCAGCAAUAUCGGUCAAGAAAUUGGUGACUACAAGGAGCAAGUACUCAACAAAAAAUCAGCGAAAAUCAAAGUGGAAGUUAACGGACUACAACCUCUUAUCAAAGAUGCGGUCAUUGAGUUCGAAGGAGGUCAUGAGGCGGUACUCACCUUUGAAUACGAAAACUUAGGCAAGCAUUGCUCUUACUGCUAA